AUGCAAUUUUCAAUUAUUGUAUUGUUCAUAUGUUUUACUAUAAUUCAAAGUCAACCUACUCCACCUGUAUGGCCAAAUUAUUUUACUUAUCAAUGGACAAUGGCACAUGUAUAUGAUGAUAUUCAAUUACCUCCUUAUGAUUCCAUUCCAACAGUAAAUACAACUGUAGGUCGUGGCCGAACUUAUUAUGAUUGGUCAAUACGAUCUAUGAUUGAAUAUUAUUAUGAUAUAUGUAUUCCAAUUUUUGAAUCAACUAGUAAUAAUUUUACAUGUAAUUUUUUAAAUACUAAUGGAACAGCUUUUCUUGUUGUAACUGAUCCUCGAGCAACUGGUCGACCACCAUGUUGUAUUUUUGGAAAACCAUGGAGUCCUCCAGCACCAGAUUUUAUAGAAACAGCUGCUGGAGUUAAAUAUAAUGGUACAGGUGUUUAUUAUAAACGACCAGUUCUUUGGUGGGUUCUUGAUGAUCCAGAAGAUCCAGCUGGUCCAUUUGGUUAUUCAUUUUUUGAAGAUACAUGUCGAUCAUCGAAUGAUACUGCUGGAAAUAAGACGUGUACACCAUCACAAUUCUUUUUUCGUGCAACAACUGGUUUUGCUAGUCAAUUUUUUGAUAAUUAUAUUGUUGAAAAACCUGAUCCUAGUGUUUUUUCUAUACCAGAAUCAUGCAAUAAUGCUAAGGAAUGUGAUGUUUAG